CUCCCCCCAGAUUUCCUUACGUCUCCCCCAUCUCAGCGGACCACCCUCACACCCAUCCACUUCCCCGACACUCCGCUUCCCGGGUACGCCGGCUGCCUCGCCUUCACUCUCGACGGGGUUCUCUCUCCCGACGAAUGCGCCGAGCUUGUCGCCCUCGCGGAGUCGCACUCUCGCGCUGGACCAGGGCAAUGGGAGCGCGCGAUGGUGAACGCUGGCAGCCAUGAGAUCAUGGCCACGGAUAUAAGGAACUGCGGGAGGAUCAUCUGGGACGAUCGAGAGGUGGUAGCGAGGGUUUGGGAUAGGUGUUUGGUUGCGCUGGAGAGGGAGAAGGAGUGGUUGGAGCGGGUGGUGGUGGUGGAUGGCGAGAAGAAGGGGACGGCGAAACCGAGCGGGGACAGGGUGUUGGAGUACCUGGAUAAGGGAUACAAGUGGUCGUUCAGCAGGUUGAAUGAACGGAUGAGGUUUUUGAGAUAUGGGAAAGGGGAGUAUUUCCAAGCCCAUCAAGACGGGCAAUACCACACCCCCGAUCGCUCAGAAACCUCCCUCCUCACGUUGCAGCUGUACUUGAAUGAUGCAGAGACCGAGGUUGCUGCUGGCCGAGAGCCUCUUGUCGGCGGCGCUACGACGUUCCAUUCUUGGGAUCUGCUGCGACACCAUGAUGUCGUGCCGAAAGUUGGCAGAGUUUUGAUCUUCCAGCAUCAGAUGCUGGUCCAUUCGGGAGCCGAGGUCAAGAAAGGAAUGAAAAUUGCGAUGAGAACAGAUUUGAUGUAUAGGAAA